AUGCUAAUUCGACAAUGUACGAAAUUAUCAAGUUCUAUUAGAAUUACCUCUUACAGGAAAUUUGUAAUUGAAAGAAAUAUUAUUUUACCAAUAUCUUGUCGCUAUAUAAAACUACAGACAAGAUUCUUCACAUCAGACAAUGUACAAAAGAAUUCAAGGAAGUUAAAGAAUAACAAUGAAAUUCUGUUUUCUGCGGGACCUCAAAAUGCAGCUCCAAAAAGUAAACUAUCAUCUGAAGACUUACUCGAAAAACUAACAGCUUAUUUAUCAACUGAUAUAUAUCAAAAAAAUAGAGUUUACAAGAAUGAUUUAGUGAAAGUUAUUAAUAAAGUAAAGGAAUUAAAUUUAUCAUCUAAGAAACAAGGUUUGUUAUUAUUAAAAUGCUGCACAGAACUUCUUCCUGAUGAAUCACCGAGUUCUAGAAUAGCUUUAGUAGAACAAGUGUGGAAUACUAUCAAACCUCACACAACAUUUGAUGUUGAUCAUUAUAAUGAAUUACUUAGGGUAUAUAUAGCUAAUAACAGAACAGUUACAGUCAGUUCUUUCAUAAAUGAAAUGGGUGCUGUAAAACCUAACCUAACUACUUAUGAAUUGAUAUUAAGAACUCUUGGAGAGGCAGGCGAUAUAAAUCAAUGUACAGAAGUUAUAUCAAAUAUGAAAGCACAAGGUUUACCAGCCACCGAAAGUGUGUUCAACUCCCUUAUAAUUUGUCAAGGUAAAGCUGGAAAUUUACAAAAUAUCCAAGAGGUUUUAACAAUGAUGAAGUCACUAAAUUUGGAACUUUCUGUCAGUACAUAUACAUUUACUGCGAGAGCCUAUGCAUGGAAUAAACAAAAUGACUUGCUAAUGGAUGAGCUAAAAAAAGCCAACGACAGUGGCAUUAAGUUUGGAGAAGUUCAUAUAAUGGAGAUCCUGAAAACAUUAGCAAUUGUUAACAAUUAUGAACCAGUGCCAAAAGUGUUAUCAUAUUUGCCAGAAAGUAUAUUACAAACUCCAUCAAUAUCUCCAUACAUGCAAAGUGUCGCAACUUUACUAGUAUUUCAAAAUCAUCCAAUGGUUGCAUUAGAGAUCUACAAAUGCUUACCGCUACCUUCGUUUGGACCUAAAGAUGAUAAAGGAUUACAUGGACGCAGCUUAGUUAGGGAUUGUGUUAAAGCUUCAAUGCCAUCUAGCGUCAUAGCUCUAAUUACUCAAGAGCUAAUGUCUUCUGGAAGGAACCCAAUCGCCAUACAAAAUGCAGCUGAGGCUUCUUUACAAUCAGGGAAAGUACCUUUGGCAUUGGACUUGUUCACUAGAAUGAAGCAACUCGGAAUGCCAGUCAGGCCACACUACUUUUGGCCUAUUCUGAUGUAUACAUCAAAAACUUAUGGGGAAAAAGGUAUAAUGAAUACACUAUCAACAAUGGUAACCAUGGAAAUAAAGCCAGAUUACGAGACUAUAAUGGAGUUUACUUUACCAUAUGUCAGUUUCACAUCUCCACAGAAUCUGAUGAAGAAAUUUCUAGAAGCUGGUCUGACUGUUACAACCGUGUUGACACCAAUGAUGGUCACUCUUCUAAACACUGGUCAGGUUAGAGCUGCGAGUGAAAUUUGUGAAUUAUUUCAAGGUAAAGUGGAUGUGGAUAAACUACUAAAUCCUCUGUUGAAGGGUUAUCUUUCAAGCUUAGAUACAAAACAUACUAUACAUAUAUUAGAAGAUAUGACUGACAAAGCUAUAGACAAACAAAAAGAUUGGAUCGGUAGGUUCUUAUGUAAAUUUGCAAGGCAUAAAAGAAUAAAAGAGGACCUAUUGGACUUGUUAAAUUUGUUAAAAGAGUUACAAAAUACUUCAAUAAAAAUAUCAACUACAGCAGCCGAUUAUUGCAUAUCCCUAAUCCCAGACCACCAUAGCCAGGUCAGAAUAGAUGCAAUCAAAGAAAGCCUCAUUAAAAUUACAGAUGAGAGAUUGAUCGACGAUGGAGAUUUUUUUGUACCGCAAUUGCCACAUCCAAAACAAAUGGACGAAGGUUCAUUGAAAGCGCAUUUGGCGGAAUUAGAAGCGAAAGGUAUGAACACUCGCGGUGUGCUCCGGAAACUCCUUCAACAAUACUGCAGGGAGGGAAACUUAGCCGCUGCCAGGGAAAUAGUGGACAAAUGCGAGAAAGAAGGGGUUUUCCUCUCGGCUGGUAUGAAAGCAUCAAUCUUCGAUCUUCAUGUGAAGUUGGGAGAGCUGGAGUUAGCUGAAUUAGCUCUAGCGGACUUGAACAAGUCAGCCCCAAACUUCACUCUGGACGAAUUCAAGGUCAUCGACUUUGCGACCCUCAUGGUGUAUAGGAAGAAGACUAAAAAGGCCUUUGAGUUGAUCAGUAAAGAAUCCAAAAAAAGACGUAUAACGGGAGGUCAGAACAUAUCAAUGAAUUGCUGGCGGCUACUGGACGCGGUGGCGGCGCAGGGUUGUUACGCAGAAACUAAGAGAAUGUUCGAUUUGUUAACUUCACUGAGAUAUUGUAAACCUUCUAAUACCAUGCUUGGGCCGUUAGUGAGAGUCCAUUUGAAGAACAGUGGCAACAUUGAAAAAGCCGUUCAAGAGUUCGUACGUAUAUCAGAGAAAUACAACAAAACUCCUCUCAAACAUGAACUUCUUUGUAAAAUAUUAAAAGAAAUGAGUGAUGGGAAAUCGGAGGAUACGUUUAUAGAAAAUGAAAAAACCAAUGGGAAACUCAAUAAAUUAGUACAGACUAUAUUAAAUGUGAACAAGAAAGUUCAUGGCGCUGGUGAUGUACAGUUAAGUUUGAUAGCAGCAUUAGCAGAUGUGGGAUACAAGAAGUCUCUCCGUAAAUUGUUCCUGGACCCCAGCAUCAAGUUUCAUCCCGAAGCGUUGAUGCGUCAUUGCGAGAGGUUCGCGGAUGAGAAGAAAGUGGAUGCUUUGGAAACUAUCGUUGAAUGUGGGAGGGAUAUCCGGCAUAUCGAUGUUGAGGCCAUUUGUAAUAUGAUAUUAGAUGUUUUUCAGCGCGACGAUAAGUGCCAAGAAGCUCUAUCCCUCUGGUACAAAAUGCAGGAAAACGAAAUAACUCCUUCACAAAAAUUCGUUAAGAACAUUUGUUCCCUUUGCAAAGCAAACAACAAACAGAUCCCAUCAGACCUAUCCGUUCUCCUUGACAAACAAAUUCUAAAAUCUAAAAUACAGGUA